UCGUCCAGCCCGUAGCUAGUCACUAUACUGACUUAUAUGGCGGACGUAAUUAUUUCUUGGCCAUAAAAUUCCUUUAUUAAUGUGACAUGUAUAAAUGAUUACAGACGUGUCUCCAAGUAGUAAGGCAGUACUUAUAAUUAACUUAAUCAAGUUCGGUUGCUAUGACACAAAUUCGCAGUGCUUAUGAGUUGUCCUGGAGUAGCCACGGCGUUACUGCUUCACUCUACAUAAGUUUCCCGUUGAUUUCCACGGGCCGUUUUCAUGUACACCGUGUUUUGAAAGUAGCUUUACAACUUUGCAGGGGAAUAUAAAUUUAUUUAAAGGACGUGCGCAAUAUUUUUAAAUGCAAAAAUUUAGCCAAACACAUCAAGUUUCAUGUGCCAUACCAAGAAAGCCGGUAGGCCACGUGUUUCUGAAGACGCCGUGGAACAGAUUAGGGAGAGUUUCGCUCGAAGUCCGCGCAAGUCAACGAGAAAUGCAUCUCGGGAAAGUGGGAUUCCACAUGUGAGUGUGUGGCGAGUGUUACGAAGACGUUUACACUUAAGAGCGUACAGAUUAUCCAUGGUUCAAGCCAUUUCAGAUGGUGAUAAACUGGCUCGUAAGGAAUUUUGUACGGAAAUGUUGCGGCGGGUUGAAGACGACGAAGGAUUUCUGGACUCAGUACUUUUCAGUGACGAAAGCACGUUCCAUGUCACUGGUAAGGUCAACACCCACAACUGCAGGAUUUGGGGUAGUGAAAAUCCACGUGCCUUCCUGGAACAUGUUCGUGACGGUCCAAAAGCUAAUGUGUUUUGCGCCCUCAGGAAAAAUAAAGUGUACGGUCCCUUCUUUUUCACGGAGACCAUUACCGGCAUUGUGUAUCUGGACAUGCUCCAACAGUUCCUCAUUCCUCAACUUCACGAAGACGACCAGGAAGGACGCAUUCACUUUCAGCAAGACGGUGCACCCCCUCAUUACCUCGGAGAAGGGCGCGAGUACCUCAACAACCGUUUCCCAGGUCGGUGGAUUGGUCGGGCCCCACCAAUAGCAUGGCCACCUCGUUUCCCGGAUCUAACACCUUUAGAUUUUUCUUGUGGGGAUUUGUUAAAGAUCGAAUGUACGUGCCACCCUUACCUGCAAAUGUGGCCGAACUCCGAACUCGAAUUACCGCCGCAGUUGCUGAAGAGACACAGGAGAUGCUACACCGCGCGUGGCAAGAUAUUGACUACAGAUGGGACUUUUGCCGCAUAACAAAUG